GGAGUAAUAUGUGGGAGGCUGUGGACUCUUUGCUUCCAACAUAGGAACAGCACUGGUUUGGGAACCUGUACUCCUGAGAGAAUGCUGGGAAUCUGCAGAGGGCGACGGAAAUUCCUGGCUGCCUCUCUGACCGUCCUUUUUGUUCCAGCUGUUAUGUGGAUUUAUCUGUUUGCUGGGAGUUUUGAAGAUGGGAAGCCAGUGUCGCUGUCUCCACUUGAAUCCCAGCCCCACAGUCCUCGAUACACAGCAUCGAGCCAGCGGGAGCGUGAGAGCUUGGAAGUCCGCGUGCGGGAGGUAGAGGAGGAGAACCGUGUGCUUCGCAAGCAGCUCAGCCUGGCGCAGAGUCGCAGCCCCUCGCACCACCGUGGCAAUCACUCCAAAACCUACUCCAUGGAAGAGGGGACAGGUGACAGCGAGAGCCUGCGGGCGGGCAUUGUGGCAGGGAACAGCUCCGAGUGUGGGCAGCAACCAGCAGUGGAAAAAUGUGAGACCAUCCACGUUGCCAUUGUUUGUGCAGGGUACAAUGCCAGUCGGGAUGUUGUCACGCUUGUCAAGUCUGUCUUAUUUCACAGGCGAAACCCACUCCACUUCCACCUUAUCGCAGAUGCAAUUGCCAAACAGAUCCUGGCAACUCUGUUCCAGACAUGGAUGGUCCCUGCUGUGCGCAUAGACUUCUAUGAUGCAGAUGAGCUCAAGUCGGAAGUGUCUUGGAUCCCCAACAAACACUACUCUGGGAUUUACGGUCUGAUGAAGUUGGUUCUGACCAAGACUCUACCUUCCAAUCUCGAGCGAGUCAUAGUCCUCGACACAGAUAUAACAUUUGCCACUGACAUUGCUGAGCUAUGGGCCGUCUUUCACAAGUUCAAAG